AUGUCCUCAAAAGGUUUUAUCAAGGUUUUUGUCUUGUGUAUGAUUCUCUCAUUACCUGCUUUGAUAACAGCGCGCAAUAAGCCUGGUAUCGCGGCGGUAUGUAACUACGGAUUUGCUUCGCGCGAUUCGGGCGAGACCUCAGUUUGUCAGCAGGUAGACGGUGGCUCCUCAAGUGGAAAGUUUUUUGGAUUUUUUUGUCAACCUAACAGUUGCGGUGGAGAUGGUGAUAUUGUGAUUAAUAUGACUGGUUGUCAACUCCAAAGCGAAGUUUCGAAGAACCUACCUGGUACUCUUCAACAGUGCAAAGCGUAUGGUCCAGCCCCUCGCAAGAUUAAUAAUAGGAAUGCCUAUUCUUGCACGAGUAUUAAGAAUGAUAUGUAUUACUGUCCCCGUGACGUGGGUGUUUCGCCCUACGUAUCUUGUACGGAUUGUCAGCCAAUUUAG